GUUAGUGGUUGUUUUUUUUUCCAUUUCCCCCUGAGUUAUCACCGUUCAAACAUUUCUUUGCUCAGCCUAAUUUUUUUGUUUUCAGGAUCUGUGGAGCAGUGUGAAAAUAACGAGGUAUCAAUCGUUUGUGACGACGUUAAUACAAUCGAUGUGUUAUAUGCUUUAUACGGACGGAUUGGCAUGGGUGUGGAUGACGAUAUUUGCCCGGAUGGGAACCUGAAUUCCUGCGGUGAUGAAACUACGUCACUUGAAACUGUGAAGAGCCGGUGCCAAGGAAUGUCAACGUGCACUUUCACUGCUAGUAACGCUAACUUCGGUGGUGAUCCAUGCAAUGGAAUUGGGAAGUAUCUUCGUGCUAACUUUCAAUGCAAAGACCAGGAUCCUCCGUCCAUCGUGUGUCCAUCCAACGUAAAUUUCUACAUCACCAAUGAUGAAUCGUUUGCUUCCCGGCCAUUUCCUACCAACUACAAUGCUUCUGACAACUCUGGAAGUUACGAUGUUAUGAUCUACGAUACAUACCCACUAGGGAGUGUCUUUCAGGGUCCCUUCACCCCUGGAUCUCUGUACAACUUUUCUGUGAGUGCAAGCCCUUACACGUGGUACUAUGUGGUUUCUGAUGCGGCUGGGAACGAGGAUAACUGCACUAUACAGAUCAAUGCUGUGUUAGUCGACCAGGAUCCUCCGUCCAUCGUGUGUCCAUCCAACGUAAAUUUCUACAUCAACAAUGAUGAAUCGUUUGCUUCCCAGCCAUUUCCUACCAACUACAAUGCUUCUGACAACUCUGGAAGUUACGAUGUUGUGAUCUACGAUACAUACCCACUAGGGAGUGUCUUUCAGGGUCCCUUCACCCCUGGAUCUCUGUACAACUUUUCUGUUAGUGCCAGCCCUUACACGUGGUACUAUGUGGUUUCGGAUGCUGCUGGGAACGAGGAUAACUGCACUAUACAGAUCAAUGCUGUAUUAGUCGACCAGGAUCCUCCGUCCAUCGUGUGUCCAUCCAACGUAAAUUUCUACAUCAACAAUGAUGAGUCGUUUGCUUCCCAGCCAUUUCCUACCAACUACAAUGCUUCUGACAACUCUGGAAGUUACGAUGUUAUGAUCUACGAUACAUAUCCACUAGGGAGUGUCUUUCAGGGUCCUUUCACCCCUGGAUCUCUGUACAACUUUUCUGUUAGUGCCAGCCCUUACACGUGGUACUAUGUGGUUUCGGAUGCGGCUGGGAACGAGGAAAACUGCACUAUACAGAUCAAUGCUGUAUUAGUCGACCAGGAUCCUCCGUCCAUCGUGUGUCCAUCCAACGUAAAUUUCUACAUCACCAAUGAUGAAUCGUUUGCUUCCCAGCCAUUUCCUACCAACUACAAUGCUUCUGACAACUCUGGAAGUUACGAUGUUAUGAUCUACGAUACAUACCCACUAGGGAGUGUCUUUCAGGGCCCCUUCACCCCUGGAUCUCUGUACAGCUUUUCUGUAAGUGCCAGCCCUUACACGUGGUACUACGUGGCUUCGGAUGCGGCUGGGAACGAGGAUAACUGCACUAUACAGAUCAAUGCUGUAUUAGUCGAGUCAACGUUCUCAACGAACCAGCCAUCCUCUCCCUAUUCAACUGAAGUGCCUCAGGUUUCAACUGAGUCUACCAUCGGAGAGUCAACGUUCUCAACGAACCAGCCAUCCUCUCCCUAUUCAACUGAAGUGCCUCAGGUUUCAACUGAGUCUGCCAUCGGAGAGUCAACGUUCUCAACGAACCAGCCAUCCUCUCCCUAUUCAACUGAAGUGCCUCAGGUUUCAACUGAGUCUGCCAUCGGAGAAUCAUUAUCGUCAACAAAUCAGCCAUUCUCUACGAAGUUAACUGAAAUGCCAUCAUCACAGUCUGCCACUACUGAGUCAUCUUUCUCAACCAACCAACCAAUCUCUACAGCAUCGACUGAAAUGCCUCAAGCUUCCUCAACAGAGCUUUCCCUCGAAGAUAUUAGAUCCACAACACAUUUUUCCUCUUCUUCAGAGAUGUCGAGUCGUGGGUUCAGUACCGAGCCAGUAACGGUUGGUAUGGAAUUUAGCAUUCAGCUUCGAAUCCUUGAUGUGGAUGGUGAACCAGCUGUCUUUACUACUGAACACAACGAUAAGAACUCGCUGGUGUUCCGGGCUCUCUCGGCAGCAGUUCGUAUCGCGAUUCUUAGAAGUCUCCAAGGGUCAGGAAGGACCUCUGACGUCUUAGAAUUCGAAAUGACGUCGGUUUUGAAUGGCAGUCUUGUGGUGAAUGGUGUUGCCAGAUUCCCACUCAACUCCGCAGUCGAUAGUGACAUCAUACGGGAUGUGCUGCAUACUAAUAUGAUGGACAACAAUGGAAGAGUUGAAAAUUCUCUCUUGAUUGAUCCGCUGGCAACUGUUGUAACAAAUCCCACGGAGGACUGCCCAGCAUACCACUGUCAAAAUAAUGGUAGCUGUGAACAGCAAGGAAGCUUUCCGGACUAUACGUACACUUGCAGGUGCAUGGAAGGUUUAUCUAGCAGCCUUUGUGAAGUUUCAGUAUCAGGGGAAGCUGGUAAUGGCGGAGUUAUCGCCAUUGUUGCCAUCGUUGGCGUUUUAGUUCUUCUUGUCAUUUUUGCACUGGUCGUCGCGUGCGCUUCUUUGGCUAAUCAGGCUUCAAAACGGAACUCGCGACCUUCUGAAUACAGAGAGCAGGUAUAG